AAACAGUAAUAAUAAUAAUAAUAAUAGGAUACCUAAAUGAGAGUGGUGGUGGUGGAAGUGGGGGUAGGGGAUUGAGACGGGAAGGUCCUGAUAUCUGCGGAAGCGGAAACCGUUGCUUCGUGUCGCCUGCUGGAAGAUUCCUGAAUAUCUCUGCUACCUGGAUCUGGUUUCUUCUUCACUGACACCAUCCAGUAAAGACAGGAGGCAGAGAGAACAUCAGGAUGAAAGGUCACUGAUCUACAAUCUGCAAAGCAAGCCAUUAAACCCAAUACUUCAACAACAGAGGCUGAAUUAAAGCAAGCAGAGUUGGCUGCAUUCUUCACCUCCACUGGACAACAUGACGUCUUCAAUGCUUCGAAGACAGCUGAAGAACCUGGUCCAGAAUUACUCUGAGGCUGAGGUUAAGGUCAGAGAAGCAACGUCCAAUGAUCCAUGGGGUCCAUCCAGCUCUCAGAUGGCUGACAUCUCUGAUCUUACCUACAAUGCAGUGGCUUGCAAUGAGAUCAUGACAAUGCUGUGGAAACGGCUGAAGGAUGACAAGAACUGGAGACACAUCCAUAAGUCUCUGACUCUAUUGGAGUACCUCCUGAAGACAGGUGAUGAUCGCGUGAUGCUGAAAAUGAAAGAGAACAUCUACAUCGUCAAAGCUCUAACAGAGUAUCGCUUUGUGGAAAAGGAUGGCAAGGAUCAGGGCCUGAACGUAAGAGAGAAGGCAAAGGUUGUUCUUGUUCUUAUGGAGGAUGAUGAAAAACUAAAGGCAGAAAGAGAAUUUGCAGUGAAGACCAGAGAAAAGACAUCCAAAGAUUCUGCUGCAUCAUCCACAGACAAAGUCAAGGACCCCAACUACAAACCUGUCUAUGUUCCUGGAGCUUCAGGGCUUCCUAACUUAGACAACAUUCCAUCUGUGGCUGACUUGACUGCUUCUUUCGCUGCCCGCAAAGAGGAGCGGCUUCGACAAGAAGCAGAGAAGAAGGAGGCUGAGAGACGGGCCAAGAUGAGCGAAGAUGAGCUUAAAUGGGAGGAUGCCGCAAAGGCUGAUAAGUUAAAAAGUGAUGCAUGGGGCGGGGAGAAAGAAGAGGAGGUGAAAACAGAUCCUUGGGGAGCUUCAAAAGAACCUAGUACUGAUCCUUGGGGUGCUCCAGUAAAACCCGAAGAUCCAUUUGUUGCUGAAAAAACUGAUGAGGAUCCAUUCAAAGCCCCAAAAGACAAAGAGGAUCCAUUCACUGACCUUAAAGAUAAACCAGAUCCCUUCAGUUCUUCCAAUGGGGAUCCAUUUGUUGCUCCAAAGGAGGAUCCAUUUAAUGCUCCAAAAGAAGAUCCAUUCAAUGCACCAAAAGAAGAUCCAUUCAAUGCUCCAAAAGACGAUCCAUUCAAUGCUCCAAAAGAGGAUCCAUUCAUUGCUCCAAAGGACGAUCCAUUUAAUGCUUCAAAAGAGGAUCCAUUUAUUGCCCAGAAGGACGAUCCAUUUGUUGCUCCAAAGGACGAUCCAUUUGUUGCUCCAAAGGACGAUCCAUUUAGUGCCCCAAAGGACGAUCCAUUUGUUGCUCCAAAGGACGAUCCAUUUAUUGCUCCAAAGGACGAUUCAUUUGUUGCUCCAAAGGAUGAUCCAUUUAGUUCUGCAAAGAGUGAUCCAUUUGGUCCAAAGGACGACCCAUUUGUUGCUCCAAUUGACGAUCCUUUUGUUACUUCAAAGGACGAUCCUUUUAAUUCUCCGAAAGACGAUCCUUUUAAUUCUCCAAAAGACGAUCCAUUUAAAGCUCCUAAGGAUGAUCCAUUUAAUGCUCCAAAAAAUGAUCAAUUUAGUGCUUCAAAACAAAAUUUAAAAGAUGAUCCAUUUGAUGUUCCCAAGAAUGAUUCAUUUGAAGAUUCAAAAGGUCAUCCAUUCACUACAACAAAAGGUGAUCCUUUCUGUGCCUCAGCCAAUGAUCCUUUCACUGCUCCACUAUCUUCACCUCCAAAAGAAGAACCAUUAGCAGAGCCAAUGAUGUCUAAAGCCGACUCAUUCACUGGCAACACAGCACCACCUAAAGCCGCGUUUUCAUCACCGACUAAUUCUGUUCAAAACGAUCCUUUUGCAUCACCAACAACACCAAAUAAAGAGGACCCUUUUUCUACAACAGAUACAAAAGAUGCCCCUGUUACAGCUUCAUCAGCACCAUCAAAGGAGGAUCCAUUUACAGUGCCAUGUAGUCCACCAAUAGAAGCUGCUUCAGACCCCUUCAGUGCCCCUAUUUUGGGAUCCCCCCAAGAAACUGUAGAUACAUGGGGAGCUCAGACCAGUUCUCCACCUGCCACAGGCUCUGAUGCUUGGGGGGAACCAAGUGUUUCAAAGGAAACAAAGGGUGGCGAUCCCUGGGGGGGCGGCCCUAGUGUCUCAUUAUCACUUGGUGAUUCAGACCCAUUUGCAGAUCCAUCCAAACCAGAUGAUGACCCAUGGGGAGCUCCAGCUUCAGCUCCAGUAGCAUCAGAUGAUGCGUGGGGAACACCUGCUCGUCCCUCAGACUCCUCCCCAUCCAGCGACCCGUUUGGGGACGGGGCAUCUAAAAACAACGAUCCUUGGGGUGCACCGAGCAACACAGGUGGCAAUGGUGCAGAAAACACCUUUUAGAGUAGCAUUGGACCUUUAUUUUAUUUCAGGUAAGAAAACCACGAAAGAGGAAGAGUUUCGAAGAAAGACUGCUUCAUUUUUGGGCUCUACGGGGGCAUCACUGGUGGACUUAGAUAAUCUGUUCACUCUGAACCCCCAACCCAAACAACAGCCUCUCCCCAACAUGCUCACUGCUCGAAAACAAGCCAUCGGUAAGGUCAGACAAAAGCCAGAGCUCUGGAUCACAAACACUCUUAGAGACUCAGCCUUUGCACGGAUUAUGUGCAGAUCACUUGAUUAUAAAGAAGACGUAAUUCAUUUAACUGGGAACCAAAACAUUUUUGUUUCUGUUUAGAGAAUGGAGCUGAGAUUGUGUGACUGACUAACAGUUAUCAAUGUGUUUAUAUUGGAACGUUUAUUCUGAUCAUUUUGUACCAACCCACCCCUUCUAUGUGGUCUUGCUGUUGCAUAUAGAUGUAGGCUAUGUAACAUAAUGUGUGUGUUAUAGUCCUUCUGUAAAGUCACCCUCUAUAGGAAGUAGCAUUCAGUAACUUACCAACAUGUUUUCAUCCCUCUCCCUGCUCUGCUUUGGUGCACUUUCUCUUGGCUGGAAUGUUUCGAACCCUCCCCGCUCCCCCCGCCUCCUCUUAUCACUUACACUCCUUUCCCAGGCGCAUUCAAAGACAUGACAUCUGGUCCCUUGGUCGGAUCAGGGGCUUUGGCUCAAACUUUAGCCCCAAACUAUAAUCCAUUUGGUUGGAGUUCAGCACCGACUGAUGGUGCAGUUCAUCCUGCUGUCAGAGCUGCAGGUCGCUCUGAUGAAACUCUCUGGUUCAUGGAGCCCAUGCAUUCUCGGGGAAUGCCUUGUUCUUCUCUGGAUAUUCUGCAUGCAGCUCAGGACGCUCCAAAACCUGGAACAGAGCCGCCUGCCAUGCAAAGGGGAGUGGGAAUGUUGGGUUCUGAAUAUACGGUGGGGAAUAUCAUGGGAACAGGAGAUGCUCCAGCUGGUUUGUUUGGAGCAAAUGCAGCAGAUGUAAAUCCAUUUUUAAGUGUUUCGCCACAGACAAGAAACGAAGACAUCAUAUGCAAUGAUUCAAAUAAAACAAUCACCAACAGCACCAAUCCAUUUCUGAUUUAACAUUUUACUGAUUCUUCCACUGAGUCAAACUUUAUUCCUAUUAAAGAUCAAGAACAGUCACUUAAACGGCCCCUAAAAUUUGAUUGACAGGUCAUGACAUCCAGUUUUUAUUUUCAUAACUAUUCAUAGAUGUUGUGUUUAAGGCCUGUUUCCAUCUGUGCCUGAAAAUGAUCUUAAU